CUCAGAGGCAGAAAGAGAGGGGAAAGCAUGAGGCCACAGCCAGAAGCAGAAGAGAAAGAGGAAGGAGACGCUUAGGAUGUAGUCUUCUCUCUACCCUGCCCUCCCAUGCAUGGCUUCCAAAGUUUCUGCUUUUCCUUGAAAAGAUCCAGACACUCUUCUCCCAGACUGGGAAGCAGAAAGCAGGACCCCUGUUGGACCUUUCACCUCAGUGGAGGCAGACCUCAGAGAACCAGAAGGGCCCAAGGAAGACACACGCACUCCAUCCUGUCUCAGGAGGGCCGGGGGGUGGGCCAUGUCCCUCAUCCCGUGGCUCCGGUGGACCGAGGCCCCGCCACGGCUGUCAUCCCGGAGCCCAGCUGAGAUGGUGCUGGAGACGCUCAUGAUGGAACUGGCAGGGCAGAUGCAAGAGGCCGAGAGGCAGCACCGGGAGCGCAGCAAUGCGGUCAGGAAGAUCUGCACUGGAGUGGACUACAGCUGGCUGGCCCGCACGUCCCAGCCCACCUACGACCUCAGCCCUGGUGAGCGGCUGCAGCUGGAGGACGUCUGUGCCAAGAUCCACCCAUCCUACUGUGGGCCUGCCAUCCUCAGAUUCCGGCAGCUGAUGGCCGAGCAGGAACCCGAGGUACAGGAGGUGUCCCGGCUGUUCCGCUCGGUGCUGCAGGAAGUCCUGGAGAAGAUGAAGCAGGAGGAGGAGGCCCAUAAGCUGACGAGGCAAUGGAGCCUGCGGCCCCGCGGCAGCCUGGCCCUGGCCACCUUCAAGACCCGCGUGCGCAUAUCCCCCUUCGCCAGCGACAUCCGGACCAUCUCUGAGGAUGUGGAGCGGGACACACAGCCGCGGACCCGAACCUGGAGCAUGCCGGAGUUCCAGGCGCUCAAAGAGGACUGACCCACCCUCACCGAGCCACCUGUGGGAGGGCAUGAGAGGCCUGUGACGUCCAGGGUCCUGGGACCUCCCCACGCGUCCCUGACAAGGGGGCCAAA